AUGUCCGAAAACUUGCCGAAGAACAUCAAAGACUCAUUGCAGCAGCUUCGAGACGCAAUGCAGGCAGCUCUGUCAAGCAAAUGCAGUAGGAUGGACAUUGAGUUUCCCUACGGAUCCAACAUCGGAGUGGAAGGAAGAAAAACAGCGACAGACUCCGAGGUUCCUAUGGUAAUGCAGGAUGAUGCUCAAGCGUCAGAUCGAGAGCUGGCGCGAGCAAUGGUGGAGAUGUUCAGGGGAACAGAGAUAGAACAGAAUCUUGUUGUUGCUUUCAUGGACUCACCUCAGGCAAACAAGGCGACGAAGAGAUGGGCAGGAGCGUUUGCUGGGAAGGUCAUCGUGUUGGACUCCAAGCAGAACAAGAGACCGGCAAGAGCGGGAGGAGGAGGGUUCGGAGCGAGUGUGAAGGGAACUGCUGUGAAGGCCAAGACCAGUGCGAUACCUGAAGGAACUGAAGUUCUUAUCGUCGUCAGCCCCAGUGUCAAAGAUCUAAAGGCGCUCGAGCAGAUCUGCUCGGAGGUUGGAAUGGGCUGUCUUGUCAUCCUUGCCAACGCUCGUCUUGACGAAUUGAAUUAUGAGAGUGAGUCGCAGCGCAACUUUUUCCUCAACGAAUUCGAGCGCGUGUACCAUCUUAGGCCGUCGCCGUCCCCGAGUUGGAACGGAGGCGUUCUCUUUCGUGCCUUCCCGGGUGAUUGGGUUGUCGCCAUGCCGCGCAAAAUUGGACCCCCGAAGGUUCUGUAUAGAAGCUCGCAGAAGCCGUCUACGGAAGUUAUAGACGUUGCCCUGCGCAAGGAGAAGGAGGCAACAGAAAGCUCUGGUGGCUUUCCCAAUCCUUUUUCUUUCUUUCAAUAA